GGCAUAGCGUAUCACAGCAAAGCAAGAAUCGAAUCAGCCGACCCCUCUUUCUCCCGCUCACGGGACUUAUAUAUACACACAGAGAGAUAAAAGGUGGGAAUUCUUCUUGUUUUUUUGUUGCAUUGUUUUCGGGGUUGGUUGGUUCUUGGUUUGUUUUUUUCUUAGAGGGAGGAAACAGUGUUGGUGGUGGUGACGGCGGCGGCGAUGCAGAGAAGGAAGUGGAGGACGGUGUUGGCAGUGCGGCAACUGCUCAAGUUCGCCAUAGGCGUAAUAGCUCUCCUGGCUCUGCUUUCCGUACACGUUCAACUGAUAUUCCCUCCUUCCGCAGUCAUCAAGUUGCCUGAUAAGCUCCCUAUGCCAUAUGAGCUCGGGUACCAACGACUGAGCAGAGAGGGAAACUGGAUGCAUGAACCUUCUCUCCCUGCUCGCAAGUUGGAAGGUGAAAGAUGGAGUUCAGAUGUGGACAAGUUAUGGAAACCGCCGCCUAAUAGAGACUAUGUACCAUGUGUUUCACCAACCUCGUUUUACACACCUCCUACACAGUCUCGAGGCUACCUUCUGGUCCAUGCAAAUGGUGGACUUAAUCAGAUGAGGGCUGGGAUUUGUGAUAUGGUUGCUGUUGCUCGUAUUAUAAACGCUACUCUUGUGAUGCCAGAGCUUGAUAAACGCUCAUUCUGGCAGGAUUCUAGUAAUUUCACCGAUGUCUUUGAUGGGGAUCAUUUUGUUAAGUCGUUGGCAGAUGAUAUAACGGUUGUGAGCAAGCUACCUAAGGAAUUGGCAACUGCAACUAGGGCAGUUAAGCAUUUCAGAAGCUGGUCUGGUGUGGAUUAUUAUGAGCAAGAGAUAGCCAGCAUGUGGGCAGACUAUCAGGUCAUUCGAGCAGCAAAGUCUGAUUCACGAUUGGCUAAUAAUAAUCUGCCUCCCGAUAUCCAAAAACUGCGGUGCAGAGCUUGUUAUCAAGCCCUCCGCUUUUCACCCCGAAUAGAAGCAAUGGGAAAGAUUCUGGUUGAUAGGAUGAGAUCCUACGGUCCAUAUAUUGCAUUGCAUUUGCGAUAUGAGAAAGACAUGCUUGCCUUCAGUGGAUGCACGCAUGAUUUAUCCCCACAAGAAGCCGAGGAGUUAAAGGACAUCAGGGAGAACACUACCUGGUGGAAAGUGAAAGACAUUGACCCUGUAGACCAGAGAGCCAAAGGCUAUUGCCCCUUAACGCCAGAAGAGGUUGGGAUGUUCCUUUCUGGUUUAGGAUUCCCAUCGAGCACUCCAAUAUACAUCGCUGCUGGAGAGAUUUAUGGGGGUGAAUCCCGCAUGGCCAACCUAUUCUCCCGCUAUCCCCUAAUCAUGAGCAAGGAAAAGUUAGCGUCUGCUAAGGAGCUGAAACCAUUUAUAAAACACGCGUCUCAGAUGGCUGCACUUGACUAUAUCGUGUCAAUUGAGAGCGACAUAUUUGUGCCUUCAUACUCGGGAAACAUGGCAAGAGCAGUUGAGGGUCACCGUCGGUUCCUAGGACACAGGAAGACAAUCUCUCCUGAUAGGAAAGCUCUUGUUCGUCUUUUUGACAAAGUUCGGAUGGGGAGAAUGAAAGAAGGGAACAAUCUGUCUAACCGCAUUGUUGAAAUCCACAAAAGACGGCAGGGGUCGCCCAGGAAGAGGAAGGGGCCUAUAUCAGGAACCAGGGGAAUGGAUAGGUUUCGCUCAGAAGAAGCAUUUUAUGUAAAUCCUUUACCAGACUGUUUAUGCCAGGAGUUUACACAUACAAACCAUUCUCAAUAGAUUCUUCAUAGAUCAUCACAUUUGUGCAUAGAAAUUAGAAAUUCAUUCUUUUAUUUCUGGAGGGAAGGAAAAAAUAGUUGGCACCAAUGACAUUUUGUUUUAUUUUA